AUGGAGAGUUCGACUGGUAUCCAAGGCAUAAAAGAGCUGAUUGAUGAAGGAAAACCGGUAGAGUACAUUGAAGGGGACGGGGACAAUACUUUAAUUGCUCGUUUGCGAUCAGAGCUAAAUUUGGAUAUGAAGAAACGAUUUGACAAAAGCCAUGUUGGUAACAAACAGGGAUUGGAAGAAAAUCUUAGAGGCCUUAUUCCACAUCAGUUUGGAGACCAUCAGCACUGCAAACCAAGAUUUUGUGGCUUUUUGCGGAAACCAGGAGGUGUUUAUCAACAUAGAAGUCUGCCCUACAAAACAGCACUGAAAGACACCGAUUUACAACAUCAGCUAGAGGAAGUUUUUGAACCACUCAUAGCCAAUGCUGAACAAUACAUAGAUCUUGGUUCAAGCCAGCAGUGCGAGCAUGCAAACCGUGAGGUGACACUUGGAGCUCCAAAGUCCCUCCAUUAUGGAAAUUCUGAGUCCAUCGACUUUAAAGUGCAUGCAACUGCUGCAUUUAUCAAUGAAGGACACGGAUAUAUCUCGAUGGCAAAUGAAAAAGGUGGUAUUUCUCCUGGAAAGUUUACUGAGGAACAUGCUAGGAAAAGGAUGAAAAGGCGCAGAGAGGUGCAGAACAAAAUUCAGCUCCCUUCAACUAAGCUUAGACGUCUUAUUUUGAAACAAGAAAGACUUGUCACUCAGGGAGCUCAGGAAACACUGGAGGGAGAUUCCUAUCAGUCCGGUAUUGGUCACAGCGAACAUCCUGACAUCACAAAACUACCAGAUCCAGUUAUGCCAGGAAGUUUCAAACCAGUGACCCUAUCAUCAACAGAGGAACCUACAAUGGUUAUGUUUGAUCUUGAAACAACAGAUCUUAUACGAGGGAGGCAGAUGCCCCACAUAGUGCAAAUUGCAGCUGUUGAACUUAAAAGUGGAUCUGCAUUCAACACCUAUGUUCGACCCAAGAUGGCUCAGACAGAUACUGCACGGACAGUAACCGGUAUUGUUGCCAGUUCUAGUGGUGUAUUUGUUGCUGGAAAAUUAGUGGAGUCGGAGAAUAUUCACUCUGCUGCAGAGAAAUUCAUAAAGAAUCUGAAGAAAUUCAAAAAUGUAUGUUUAUUUGCUCACAAUGGACGGCGUUUCGAUUUUCCAGUUCUGAUAUCAACAUUUAAAAACAUAGAGAAAGAUGUUGAACUAGCCAGUGUUGUGACUUGUUGUAUAGAUAGUCUCUCAAUGUUCAAGAAGUGUUUUAAAGAUCAAGAUUCAUAUAAGCAAGAGAGUCUUUUCCGUUCUCUUUUGAAUGACACAUACAGUGCCCACAAUGCUGUCGAUGAUGUGAAAGCUCUUGGAAAACUUGUACAACAUGCAUUGCUGUCCAGUGUUGAUGUUCUAACCUUUAGCUUUCCUUUAAAUGCAGUUCUGCAGCAACUUACCUACAAUGGUGAGAAAGCUAAAAACUACAGUUCACUGACAGGACUUGUGCAAAAUGCUGUUAUCUCGAAGUCCAUGGCGGGGAAAAUAGCAGGAUCUGGGCUGGCUUUUCAGCAUCUCAAGGCAAUCAAGAAUCGUGAUGGUGAAGAUGGAUUGAGAAAUACUUUUCUUGACAAAACAAGAGGACAAGCAAGAGUUAAUUGCACAAGGAAAACCUUAGAUGAUGUUGUGUCCAAACUCAUAAAUGCUUUGUAAACCAUU